AUGUGGGCUGUAAGGUUCUCGGCAGAGGGUGACGUCAGAAUGGAACAGAAUGGCAACCUGUCAUCACUUGGGGUGGUGUUUCAGGUUUUAGACUUCUUCAGCCUUCUUGCUACUUCCUUAUCAGAGCUCUGCAGUAGCUGCUACAGGCCUGCUAGCUGCAUUCACUUGAGAGACACUGAAAUGUUAUUGCUUCAUCUCAUUUGCCCCUGGAUCUUGACUUAAAAGUUUUUAAUUUUGUUUCUCUAGGAAUUUAACAAGAAACUGAAGUUUUGGUUCAAAUAUACUUUGAAUUGAAGCCAGAAAUGUGCUAGGCUUUAGAUUCUUUCAUUUGAUUAAGGUAUGGUCUGAAUAUGCGUUGCUUGGCAGCCCGGGUCAACUACAAGACUUUGAUUGUCAUCUGUGCACUCUUCACUUUGGUCACAGUACUUUUGUGGAAUAAGUGUUCCAGUGAUAGAGCGAUCCAGUUUCCACGACAUUUGAAUAGUGGCUUCAGAGUGGAUGGAUUAGAUAAAAGAGCAGCAGCAUCGGAGAGCAACCACUACGUAAACCAUGGGGCCAGACAGCAGUUGGAGGAGGCCUUUCCCCAGGAGCAGCAGAAAGCGCCCCCUGUCGUCGGGGGUUUCAAUAGCAAUAGGGGAAGCAAGGUGUUAGGGCUCAAAUACGAGGAAAUUGACUGUCUCAUAAAUGAUGAACACACAAUUAAAGGGAGACGAGAGGGGAAUGAAGUCUUUCUUCCAUUCACAUGGGUAGAGAAAUACUUUGACGUUUAUGGAAAGGUGGUUCAGUAUGACGGCUACGAGCGGUUUGAAUUCUCUCACAGCUAUUCCAAAGUCUAUGCACAGAGAGCCCCUUAUCACCCCGAUGGUGUGUUCAUGUCCUUUGAAGGCUACAACGUGGAAGUCCGAGACAGAGUCAAGUGCAUAAGUGGGGUUGAAGGUGUGCCAUUAUCGACACAAUGGGGACCUCAAGGCUAUUUCUACCCGAUCCAGAUUGCGCAGUAUGGGUUAAGUCAUUACAGCAAAAAUCUAACUGAGAAACCCCCUCAUAUCGAGGUGUAUGAAACAGCAGAAGACACGGACAAAAACAGCAAAACUAAUGACUGGACCGUGCCCAAGGGCUGCUUUAUGGCCAGUGUGGCUGACAAGUCUAGAUUCACCAAUGUUAAGCAGUUCAUUGCCCCAGAAGCCAGCGAAGGUGUGUCCUUGCAACUGGGAAACACAAAAGAUUUUAUUAUUUCCUUUGACCUCAAGUUCUUGACAAAUGGGAGUGUGUCUGUGGUUCUAGAGACCACGGAAAAGAAUCAGCUCUUCACUGUACAUUAUGUCUCAAACGCACAGCUCAUUGCUUUUAAAGAGAGAGACGUGUACUAUGGCAUCGGGCCCAGAACUUCAUGGAGCACAGUGACCAGGGACCUGGUCACUGACCUCAGGAAAGGAGUGGGUCUUUCCAACACAAAAGCUGUCAAGCCAACCAAAAUAAUGCCCAAAAAGGUGGUGAGGUUGAUUGCAAAGGGGAAGGGAUUCCUCGACAACAUCACCAUCUCUACCACAGCCCACAUGGCUGCAUUCUUCGCUGCUAGUGACUGGCUGGUGAGGAACCAGGAUGACAGAGGGGGCUGGCCCAUUAUGGUGACCCGCAAGUUAGGGGAAGGCUUUAAGUCUUUAGGGCCGGGGUGGUACUCUGCCAUGGCCCAAGGGCAAGCCAUAUCUGCACUGGUCAGGGCCUAUCUCUUAACAAAAGACCACACGUUCCUCAGUUCAGCUCUACGGGCAACAGCCCCUUACAAGCUCCUGUCUGAGCAACAUGGAGUCAAAGCUGUGUUUAUGAAUAAACACGAUUGGUAUGAAGAAUACCCAACCACUCCCAGCUCCUUCGUUUUAAAUGGCUUUAUGUAUUCCUUAAUUGGGCUGUAUGACUUAAAGGAAACCGCAGGGGAAAAGCUUGGCAAAGAAGCGAGGUCCUUGUACGAGCGUGGCAUGGAGUCCCUCAAAGCCAUGCUGCCUUUGUACGAUACUGGCUCAGGAACCAUCUACGACCUCCGACACUUCAUGCUGGGUAUCGCGCCCAACCUGGCCCGCUGGGACUACCACACCACCCACAUCAACCAGCUGCAGCUGCUCAGUACCAUCGACGAGUCCCCCAUCUUCAAAGAAUUUGUCAAGAGGUGGAAGAGCUACCUUAAAGGCAGCAGGGCAAAGCACAACUAGAGCUCACAACCAAAACCACGUUCAGCUCCUUGGAGCGAACCGUGGGCUCCAUCUCAACGGAGCACAGGCACAUUUUAAAAGGUUGUGUACUGGGCUUGGUGGUGAUAGCGAAGUGAUAAGUGACCCUUACAGACACUCUCCUGAAAUGCUUGUGUUCUGUGGCUGGGUGUUCAGGGGCACAGGUGUGUUUAGAACAGAGUUUAGUCUGGGCUGAACCAGGCGCUAGUCUUCACCUUCUCUUCCCCUUGUGGGUCCCACCUGCUGUCCAGUCACUGAGAUCAGAUGGAGAGGCGAAAGGUAAGUAGCUCUCCCUGGCUGGCGCUUACCUGAAAACUUAGUAUGGAGCGCUUUUAAAAUGUGACUAUUUAUAUUUAUAUUGAAAGCAGACUUUAAAACAAUGAUGUGCUGUAAUACAGUAAAUACGUACUUGUAGCCUGGAUAGAAGACUGUACAACUAUGAAAACAAGUAUUUCUUUCCUGUAGAGCGAGUGAGCAUUGGUUCAAUUUGUUAUAUACAGAGAAUAUUUUGAAUUGUGGGCUUUUUUGUUUUUGUUUUUUUGAAACGUGUAAAUUAAAACACAGUGUUCAGGCUUCACCAUUCUAUAAACGUAAGCACAACUUAAAAUGAAACUUGUUGACUGCACAAGAAAUUACAAAAAUGUUAAUGUUUUGUGAAACUUGAUCUAUAAUCAGUGAAAGUUUGAUAAUCAAUUUGUCGCUUCAUCAGUGCCCAAAGUGAUGAUUUCACUAUUGAGGAUUUUGUAUUUAAUUUCAGACUAUGUGUUAAGAGUUUUAUCCAUCUUAGGGGGGAUGUUUUUGAGGACGUUAUGUGGAAUGUUUAUUACCGUCCUGAUUUGGGGAAGGAAGGAGUAAUUUUAAGCCCAUCUUUACAGGACUUUUCCCCCUUUAAGGAACAAUACUGGAUUAAAUAUCACAUACGUGAGUCAUAGGUUUUUCCUGCCUAGCUUAUUCUUGGCUAUCACUUUUCAAAUUGUUGGUUCUGUUGUUCUUCUUUGAAAUUCAAUUUUAAUUUUUUCCAGCUAUUAAAUAAAAGAUGCUACUUAGUUUGCUGCCCAUUUAUAAUCAGAUCUUUGUUGAGGUUAUGGGUCCUACUGAACCUCACGUACCUAGGUUUCAUAGGCCUUACCCAUGGCAGUGUCUGCUAUCGGGACUCAGGCAUUAAGUUGAGGCCAGCGAGGGCCAGAUUUGCUCUGGUCUUUGUUUUAGAGUCUAAUAGGCCCUUGAACUGAUCCUGUCAGGUACAGUUUGGAAAUAGGAGAACCCCACAUUUUCAAGGGACCGAAACACAACACAGUGUGACCUCAGAUGUACCUGUAAGGACCAGGCGGGUUACCUGCCACACACUACAUCUUAAUUGAAUCAGCCUACCAAGCACUACUCAGAAACUAGAAAAUACCUGCAUACAGAUGUAUGUGGUAUAUAUGUUAGACAUAUUUAUAGUAUCCAGAGGGGCAGGAUGAAGAAGAGACAGCCCUACACUGAAGACAAUAAAUGUUAAGCUGGCCAUAGAAAAGUAAGCCUAACUCCCAGUUUAUGUGAUGACUCUUAAUUCUGCCUGUAACACAAGCAGCUGUGGGUUAU